GAAGGGGAAGGUGUGGAGUCAUGGACGACGCCCAGCAGCAUCAGCACAAGGUUUACCCCAUUGGGGGUGUUAAGGUGCUGUUUCCCGUCAAGCCUUACCCGUCCCAGAUGGCUAUGAUGGCGCAGAUUAUAAAAGGACUCCAGCGAUGUCAGAACUGCCUGUUGGAAUCCCCUACUGGCUCUGGAAAAUCUCUAGCUCUCUUGUGCUCAACGCUGGCGUGGCAACAAGCUGAAAGAGAUAAAGCUCAGCGCUACAACCAGCUCAUCGACCAGGGUAUCACGGAUCUUGACAUCCUGGCCCGGGCAGUGGGUAAGGCUAAUAUGCCCCGUACCCCGGGGCAUGACCUGCUUUCUAGAGAUACCGGCCCAUCCUCGCCCACACAGCGGCAUCCGCCCACUCCCGCCACUCCUGGGGCACCCACCCCCGCCGCCGCUGACGUUGCAGAAGCUUCCCGAGGUGGUGACGGCGGCGGCUUUUUUCCCGAAGAUGAUGACGACGACUUCAGAUCAGCGGAGAGGCACUUCAGGACCCCCAUUGUGGGACAGAACAUUCCGGUCGAGUUGGCGGACAGUCUGGAGGAUACCAGUUUGUUGGACCACCAACCCUGGGAGCCGCGGCCAGAGGCACCAAGGAGAAUGAGUGUUCCGAAAAUCUUCUUCGGGACGAGAACUCACAAACAGAUCUACCAGAUCAUCAAGGAACUACGACGCACCUCCUAUAGUAAGGUCAGGUCUGUGGUGCUGGGGUCGAGGAAAUACACUUGUAUUCACCCCAUCGUCAGUAAGUCCAGUAACCAGAACGAAGGUUGCAGGGACUUGCUGGACCCCCACACGGAUCGUCGCAGGUCUCGACUUGAAGAGGUCGAAGAUGAACUAGAAAUACGUGUAGGCUCAGGGUGCAGGUUUUUCCCCCGGACAAUCAGACAAGAAUCAACCGCUUGGCAGCGUUUGGCAUGGACACCGCCUGGGGGAAUAGAAGACUUGGUGACCCUGGGGAAAAAAGUCAAAGCUUUCCCUACUUGUUGCCAGAUCACGAUGGCCACAGAACAUAUUUUGGAACAAACACAAGCUAGGAUUUUCUUUGUUUAG